AUGGCAUCCAGCUCUCAGAUCUCCUCUGGGGCUGGUGCACCCAAGCCAUUCUACAACAACGACACAGGCUCAACAUGUUCUACCCACGUCUACACUGAGAAGAACACUGAGGUUCCCAUAAGCGAAGAUGAAGAGAACCUUCAGAACGAAGAAGUAGUGCAGCUUGCUCGCGAACUCACUCGGCGAUCAAGCGCAGCCCCAGGAUCCCUCUUCCCACAGGCAAGCGGACCAUUGAACCCCAGUAGCUCAAGCUUCAACGCCAAAAAAUGGGCAAAGGCGUUCUACGAAUUACGGACAGACACCUCUGAGGGAAAUCCACCAAGGACAACUGGUGUUGCGUUUGGAAACCUGAAUAUCUUUGGCUUCGGUUCCGAUACUGAUUUCCAGAAGAGUGUCGGGAACAUCUUCCUGGAAGCUGGAACUAUGAUCAAGAAACUUCUGCACGACAAGCAGAGACGUGUUGAUAUCCUGCAGGACUUGGAGGGCGUUGUUCACAGCGGAGAGAUGCUGGCUGUGCUUGGUCCCCCUGGUUCAGGCUGUUCGACCUUUCUCAAGACAAUUGCCGGAGACACACAUGGAUUCCACAUUGACAGCACCUCCGAGAUCAAUUAUUCUGGUAUCCGCCCUGAAGAGAUGAGAACUGCGUUCCGCGGCGAGGCGAUCUACACGGCUGAAGUUGACCAUCACUUUGCGCAUCUCACCGUGGGUGAUACUCUUUACUUCGCUGCACGCGCCCGCUGUCCGAAGAACAUCCCCGAGGGCAUCAGUCGGCACGAGUACGCCGAGCACUUGAGGGAUGUUACUAUGGCCAUGUUCGGUAUCUCUCACACCAAGAAUACCCGCGUUGGAGAUGACUUUGUGCGCGGCGUCAGCGGAGGCGAGAGGAAACGCGUGACGAUCGCAGAAGCAGCUCUGAGCUAUUCGCCGCUCCAAUGUUGGGACAAUAGCACAAGAGGUCUUGAUAGUGCCAAUGCACUCGAGUUUUGUCGGACAUUGAGGACGCAGGCUGAUGUCAUGGGCUGUACCUCUGCUGUUGCUAUCUAUCAGGCAUCUCAAGAUGCUUACGACGUAUUCGACAAAGUCCUCGUGUUAUACCAGGGAAGGCAAAUAUUCUUCGGUAAAACAUCCGAGGCAAAGGCCUAUUUUGAAAGGCUGGGCUUUGUCUGCCCCGAGCAGCAAACCACAGCCGAUUUCUUGACCUCGAUGACAAGCCACCAAGAACGAAUCAUUCGCCAGGGAUACGAAGGAAAAGCUCCCCGAUCGCCCGACGAGUUCGCCCAAGCAUGGAAGGCCAGCUCGAACCGACAGCAGCUACUUCUCGAGAUGGACAACUACCUCGAGCGACAUCCCUUUGGCGGCGAACACUACGAAAAGUUUGUCGACUCUAGGAAGAGAGACCAGUCCAAGUCGCAGCGCAUCAAGUCCCCCUUUACUCUGUCAUACAUGGAGCAGAUGCGACUCACCCUGGGUAGAAGCUGGGUGAUGCUCAAGGCCGAUCCCAGCGUAACCGUCACCCUCCUGCUGUGCAACCUUGUCGAAUCUCUUGUUAUCGGGAGUAUCUUCUACCAACUACCAGAAGACACGGGUGCAUUUCUCAAGCGCGGACUGCUCAUCUUCUUCAUCCUUCUUAUGAAUGCCUACAACAACAUCUUGGAGAUCAUGACCCUCUACGCCAAGAGGAAUAUUGUCGAAAAACACGCACGCUACGCCCUAUAUCACCCAAGCGCCGAGGCUCUUUCGUCUAUGGUGGUGGAUCUGCCUUAUAAAAUCUUCAACACUAUCAUGAUGAAUACGACCAUGUACUUCAUGGGUAACCUGCGACAGGACGCCGGCAGUUUCUUCUUCUUUCUCUUGGUCUCCUUUGCGACGACCUUGAGCUUCUCCAUGAUGUUCCGUCUUAUUGCUUCUCUUACCAAAACAAUCGCUGCCGCACUGGCUCGUGCGUCUAUCAUGCUGCUUGUCAUUGCGCUCUAUACGGGGUAUGCGAUCCCACCGCAGUACAUGCCAGUGUGGCUGGGAUGGAUCCGCUGGAUUAACCCGACUUACUAUGGUCUCGAGAGUCUUUUCAUCAACGAAUUCGGCGGACAGAAGUAUCCUUGUUCAGACUUUGUACCAAGCGGACCCGACUAUACAGAUAUCGCGCCGUUCUCGCAGGCUUGUGCCAUCCAAGGGUCGGUACCAGGAGAGAGCUUUGUUCGAGGAUCCGCAUAUCUUUCUUCAGCAUACGGAUACGCCGAUUCGCACAAGUGGCGCGAUUUCGCUGUAGUUAUCGCCUUUACGGUUCUGUUCAUGGGUUUACACCUGUUGGCCACUGAGAUCAUCGCGUCUGAGCGCUCCAAGGGCGAGGUUCUGGUGUUUACUCGUAAAGAGAUGAAGAAGCACGCUGGAAAGGUUGCGAGUGACGAAGAGUCAGGUAAUGUCGGCGGUACACAGCUCGCUGGUGGCAAUGAGAACAACGAGGUUACGGAUGUGGAAGAGCAGACCUCGGUAUUCCACUGGAGAAAUGUCUGCUACGACGUCAAAAUCAAGGGAGACACUCGACGAAUUCUGGAUCACGUCGAUGGCUGGGUCAAGCCCGGGACCCUGACAGCGCUGAUGGGAGCAUCGGGCGCUGGCAAGACUACACUGCUGGAUGUACUAGCCAGUCGAGUCACAAUGGGCGUCGUAACAGGACAAAUGCUCGUGGACGGAAAGUUACGCGACGAAUCGUUUCAACGAAAAACAGGAUACGUCCAGCAACAGGAUAUUCAUGUCCACACCCAAACAGUCCGCGAAGCCCUCAACUUCAGCGCUCUGCUUCGACAGCCAGCCAGAUAUAGCCGCCAGGAGAAGCUCGACUACGUGGACACAGUGAUUGCUCUUCUUGACAUGCAGGAGUAUUCUGAUGCUAUUAUCGGCGUGCCUGGCGAGGGUCUUAACGUGGAGCAGAGGAAGAGACUCACCAUCGGCGUUGAACUGGCUGCGCGACCGCAAUUGUUAUUGUUCCUCGACGAACCGACGUCUGGACUUGAUAGCCAGACCUCUUGGUCGAUCUGCAACCUGAUGCAGAAGCUUACCGACAACGGGCAGGCUAUCCUCUGCACCAUCCACCAGCCCUCUGCCAUGCUCUUUCAGCGCUUCGAUCGACUGCUUUUGUUGUCUCGUGGCAAGACCAUCUACUUUGGCGACAUAGGCAAAAACUCGAAUGUUCUGGUCGACUAUUUUGUUCGUAACGGAGGACCGAAGUGUCCGCCAGGUGUCAAUCCUGCUGAGUACAUGCUCGAGGUUAUUGGAGCUGCUCCUGGUGCUCACACGGAUGUUGACUGGCCCGAGGUCUGGAGGAACUCUCCUGAGCAUGGGCUUGUCCAACAAGAGCUUGAGCAAUUGGCAGUAGACGAGAACUCUUACGCUGAGCAAACCGAUAGCCGUGACGGAACAGAGUACAACGAGUUUGCUGCUACCCCGUAUAUGCAGUAUACGCAGGUCACCAAGCGAUUAUUCCAGCAGUACUGGCGAAGUCCUGGAUAUAUCUACUCCAAAGUCAUCCUUUCCGCAGGUGCAUCGCUCUUCAUCGGCCUAUCAUUCUUCAAUGGAGAAAACACCGAACGAGGUCUCCAGAAUCAGAUCUUCGGCGUUCUCAUCUUCCUCACCAUCUUCACCCAGGUUGUCCAGCAGAUGCUGCCCGAUUAUGUGGCCCAGCGCACAAUGUACGAGGCACGCGAGAGGCCGUCAAAAACAUACUCUUGGAAGGCGUUUAUGGUUUCGACAAUUCUGGUGGAAGCGGCGUGGAACUCGCUCAUGGCUGUGCUAUCGUUUGUUUGCUGGUAUUUCCCAACUGGACUAUACCGCAAUGGCUACCAGACUGACGCGACGGACUCUCGAAAUGCGACUGUAUUUCUCUUCGUAUGGAUGUUCUUCAUGUUCACAAGCACAUUUGCGCACAUGAUCAUCGCUGGUUUCGAUACGGCAGAAGUAGCGGGUGGUCUUGUUACUCUGAUCAUGAUCAUGAUGUUCUCCUUCUGCGGUAUCCUUGCAUCACCAGAAGAGCUCCCCGGCUUCUGGAUCUUCAUGUACCGCGCCUCACCCUUCACCUACGUCGUCGAAGGCCUAAUGGGCACAUCCAUGGCCAACGCAGCAGCAGGCUGCGAGGCAAACGAGAUGAUCAGCUUUAACGCGCCCAACGGGACGACCUGCGGCGAGUACAUGAAGUCGUACUUAUCCGACGUGGGCGGGUAUAUCAUCGAUUCCGCUGCGACGGAGUGUCAGUACUGCACGCUCUCUGACACAAAUACGUUUCUGGCGAGCAAGAGCAUGAGCUUCGAGAAUCGCUGGAGGGAUUUCGGGCUGUUGUGGGUUUAUUGCGUAUUUAACAUUGCGGCGGCGUUUGGGAUCUAUUAUUUGGUUCGUGUGCCGAAGAAUAAGAAGGCGAAAAAGGAAUAG